CCCAGCCCUGUACGCGCACAGCCCGCGCUCCCGGCUCCAAGUGCGAGUGCGCCCAGUGCACGCUGAUAACUGCGUGUGACAACCCCUGGGGCGGGGGCGCGAGCAGCAGCCCCUGGCAGGAUGACUGCACCUCUCCCCGUCAGCCCUCUUCUCGCCUCGGCCGCUCCGCAGACACCUGGCGGACAAGGAGAGGGGCCGAGGCCGGCGUUCAGAACCCCGGCACCGGCAGGAGCGCGGAAAUUACUGUCUCCUCUCCUCCACAGCGGCGAGGACAGACCCUGAGUCGCCCCCACUUCGGCGACCGCAGCGCGGGCUCCCGGCAGAGCAAGGGGCGCAGCUUCUCCACCUGGCAACAGAUGGUGCUCGGGCGCGUGCGCGCUGCGGCGGGCGGGGAGAGGUGGGCGCGGAGACCCGAGCUCCGGGCGCGCAGCGGGGCGGGAGGCGGGCCGCGCACAGGAGCCGGGGCCUCAGGCAGCCUGUCGCCUACGCUCCUCCGCUGCUCCGCUCUUCCGUCCUCCGCGUGUGCCCGCCAAGCAUCCUUCUUCCCGACCCUCCCGAAAGGCGGCGCCGAAGACCCGACCCAUCCGGACCGCAAAUCCCGAAACCUACGCGCUUCCUCGGCGGGGGAAGCCUGACGCGCGGUUCCGGCGAGCUUUGGGGCGACUUGCUUUUCUCACCUCCAAAACUGCCAUUUCCCUCUCUCUCAAAGCCAGACGUUACGUUUGCAAAGCUACUGGACUUUAAUCUUUAAAACAAUACCCCGCAGGGCGUGGCUAGCGGGGCUGGCCGAGCGGCCCAGGAAAGUUGGCCUGGGCUGGGAGUGACUCGUUUUGUGCCUGAAGAGAGAGAGGAAGAGUGUGAGGGCAUCGCAUCCUCGGGAGGAGAUGCUUUUGAAACACCAUCCGUUAGCAGCCAUACAAACACUUUCCUGUUGCUUUGUUUUGUUUAUACACUGAGUGGCUUUUCGGUGAAAUGCUAUUUUGGUUACAGGAAGAAAUGGCCCCCCAGGAGCUCAGCCGGCGACUGGCCACAGUGAUCACUCAUGUCGAUGAAAUCAUGCAACAGGAAAUCAGGCCUUUGGUGGCAGUGGAUAUAAUUGAACAACUUCACAGACAGUUUGCCAUUCUCUCAGUGAUGUUUUAUACCCCUGUUGGAGGCCGAGGGAAAGACGGUGCCCCCAUCAUCACUUUUCCAGAGUUUGUGGGGUUCAAACACAUCCCAGAGGAAGACUUCCUGAAUGUCAUGACCUACCUGACUAGCAUCCCUAGUGUGGAGGCUGCCAGCAUUGGAUUCGUCAUUGUUAUUGACCGACGAAGGGACAAGUGGAGCUCCAUAAAAGCAUCAUUGACACGAAUAGCUGUAGCAUUUCCAGGAAAUUUGCAGCUUAUAUUCAUUCUUCGUCCAUCUCGCUUUAUCCAGAGGACGUUCACUGACAUUGGCAUUAAGUAUUAUCGAGAUGAAUUUAAAAUGAAAGUGCCGAUCAUUAUGUUAAACUCUGUCUCUGACCUUCAUGGCUACAUUGACAAAAGCCAACUGACAGAAGACUUAGGGGGAACUUUGGAAUAUCGCCAUAGUCAGUGGAUAAAUCAUCGAACUGCCAUUGAAAACUUUGCCGUGACAUUGAAGACCACUGCCCAGAUGCUCCAGAUGUUUGGGGCCUGCCUAGCCACAACAGAGCUGCCCAGGGGCCUGCUGUCCACUGAAGACCUCCUCAUGUCCCACACAGGGCAGCGGGACAAGCUGCAGGAUGAGCUGAAAUUACUUGGAAAGCAAGGGGCCACACUGCUGUCAUGCAUUCAAGAACCAGCAACCAAAAGUCCCACCAGAAAACUCAAUCCCAAUCAGCUAGAGAAUGUAGCAACCAUGGAAAGGUUAUUACUUCAAUUGGAUGAGACAGAAAAAGCCUUUAAUCAGUUUUGGUCCGAGCAUCACUUGAAGCUUAGUCAAUGCCUACAACUACAACACUUUGAGCACAAUUUUCAUGAGGUUAAGCGUGCCCUGGAUAAUUUGUUGGCAGAGCAAGCAGAGUUUACAGACAUCGGAGACAGUGUGAUACGUGUGGAACAACUUCUUAAGGAACACAAAAAACUGGAAGGAAAAGGCCAGGAGCCCUUGGAAAAGGCCCAGCUGCUUGCAGUAAUUGGGGACCAGCUCAUCCAAAGCCACCACUAUGCAGCAGACUCCAUCAGACCCAGGUGUGUAGAGCUCAGGCACCUCUGCGAUGACUUCAUCAAUGAAAACAAGAAAAAAUAUGACAUUUUAGAAAAGUCCUUGGAGUUGCAUAGACAACUGGACAAGGUCAGCCAAUGGUGUGAAGCAGGAAUCUACCUUUUGGCUUCCCAAGCUGUAGACAAGUGCCAGUCACGAGAGGGAGUUGACGUUGCCUUGAACGACAUUGAGGCAUUCCUGGGCACUGCGAAGGAGUACCACUUGCCCAGCCACAUGGAGUUUUACAGCCAGUUCGAGUUGAUACUCACCCUUGACCUAAAGGCCAAAGCCCAGGAAGUCCUACAGAAGCUGGGUGAUGUGCAGGAAAUAUUUCACAAGAGGCAAAUGAGUCUGAUGAAACUGGCAGCCAGACAGACUCGCCCGGUGCAACCCGUGGCCCCUCAUCCUGAGUGCUCCCCAAAAUGGGUGUCACCGAAAACCAGCCAGCCCUCCACCUUGGCUCCUCUUCAGAGAACAUCUGAGGAACCUUGUACAGGGACAGUAGAAAAAGAUGAUAAAACUAAACUUGAAGUCAAGAAUGAAGAAAUACUGGAAAGCAGUCACGAUGGGGCAAACCCUGAGUCAGAGCAGCUUGACGGCCCUGCAAAUCUUUCCCCCUCCAGACGCAUUAUACGUGACUUGCUUGAGACCGAAGAGAUUUAUAUAAAAGAGAUUAAGAGCAUAAUUGAUGGAUAUAUCACUCCAAUGGAUUUUAUUUGGCUGAAGCAUCUGAUUCCAGAUGUUCUUCAGAAUAACAAGGAGCUUCUCUUUGGGAAUAUUAGAGAACUUUAUGAAUUUCACAACAGGACUUUUCUAAAAGAAUUGGAAAAGUGCACCGAAAACCCUGCACUUCUGGCACGUUGCUUUCUCAAGAGAAAAGAAGAUCUUCAAAUGUAUUUUAAAUACCAUAAGAAUCUGCCCCGAGCUAGGGCAAUCUGGCAAGAAUGUCAAGACUGCGCCUUCUUUGGGGUGUGCCAGCGCCAAUUGGAUCACAAUAUCCCUCUUUUUAAGUAUCUUAGAGGACCAAGCCAGAGGCUUCUAAAAUACCAGAUGCUGUUAAAGGGUCUGCUGGACUUUGAGACUCCUAAGGAUUGGGAGAUAGACCCAGGAGACCAGGAAGGAGGUUCGGCUAAGAAUGGGCCAAAGAGGACCAAGGAUUCAGCAUUCUUAGCUGAACUACAACAAGCUUUGGCCAUGAUGGAGGAUUUGAUCAAGUCCUGUGAGUUGGCCGUGGACCUGGCAGCAGUCACUGGAUGUCCGGAUGACAUCAGGAAACUGGGCAAGCUGUUGAUGCAUGGUUCUUUCAGUGUCUGGACAGUUCACAAGGAUCGUUAUAAAAUGAAGGAUUUUAUUCGAUUUAAGCCCAGCCAGAGGCAAAUCUAUCUUUUUGAAAGAGGAAUCGUGUUCUGUAAGAUACGAAUGGAGCCCAGUGACCAGGGCCUAUCUCCUCAUUACAGCUUUAAGAAAUCCAUGAAGCUGAAGACACUUUCAGUUCGCCAGCUUGGAAGGGGGAGCAACAGAAAGUUUGAAGUUGCCAACCGAAAUGGACUUGAGAAAUACAUCCUGCAGGCAACUUCAAAGGAAAUCAGAGAUUGUUGGUUUUCAGAAAUAAGUAAAUUACUAAUGGAACAGCAAAACAAUAUUAAAGGCUGCUCCAGCAAGGAGUUUACCUCCAUGGAAACCUUUGACCAUCCCGAAGGUGCAGAAGAUAUGGAAAAGGAGAACAGUGCUCUGAGUCUGUCCGGACUCUUCCAGUUGGACGACAGUUAUGAAACGUGUUCCUCCAAAUCUGUCCUGGAAACGGGAGAAAGCGUCCAGGGGAAAAAGCAAAGCGGAGAUGAAGACGUUUGAGUGUGAAAGAGAAAGAACAAACAGUAAGCGAAUCUGUUAGCCGUUGCUCCUCUGACUUUCUUCUUGGAAUUUUAGGCCAACAAACACAACUAAGGAGAGCGCUGCGGUGCCCGCUGCCUUGCUCGGCCCUGCGGGGGACGCGACUAGUUUCCGGGCGAAAGCAGAGCGGGCGAGGGAAGGAUGCCUGCGCACCCCCUCCCCCGAGAACUGACACCGGUUCUAGAACACCGCGGCUCCCCCGCUCGGCCGGGCUGCCCCACGCCGCCUCCAUUCCGGGCCCGGCCUGCUGCGGACGCCGAGGGCCCGGCCCACCCUCCAGCGGGAAAGCAGCCAAGGGGCCGCCUCGGACCCUGCGGAUCUGCAGCUGGGGGUUGGGGGUGGGGUGUGAUAGGACCGCCUUCCAGAAGCCUGAGGAAGGGCCCACGGCCUGCCCGCGGAGGCCACCCUCCCGGCGAGGGCCGCUGAGAACCUGGGAGCUGCUCCACACGCGUCAGCGUUAGCCCUGGGGACUCGGCUCAGACGCCCGCGAACCUCGGGGCUGCCCCACACGCGCCUGCGCGAGUGCCGGGACUCGGUGCAGACACUCGCGAACCUCGGGGCUGCUCCCCACGCGCCUGCGCGAACGCCUGGACUCAGUGCAGACACCCGCGAACCUCAGGACUGCUCCCCAGGCGCCUGCGCGAGCGUCGGGACUCCGUGCAGACACCGGCGAACCUCGGGGCUGCUUCACACGCGCCUGCGCGGGCGCCGGGACUAGCUGAAGACGUCCGCGAACUUCGGGGCUGCUCCACACCGGCUUACUCGAGUGCCGGGGUUUCGUGCAAACGCCCGCGACCCCCCGAGCUGCUCUGCCGCUCCUGCAGAGGUUAGCGGAGCCCAGUCCUGCGGGGUCCUGCCCAAGGUUUCUCAACGUUGGCAUUUAGACUUUGGGGGCUGGAUAAUUCUUUGGGCGGGGUGGGGGGGAGGGGGGACUGCCUUGUCAAGUGUUUGGCAGCAUCCCUGGCCUCUACCCACAGAUGCCAGUAAAACCGCUCUCCCAUCCACUCACCCAAAUUAUGACAAUCAAAAAUGCCUGAAGACAUUGUCAGAUUUUUCCUGGGAUGGGAGUGGGGAGAUUCGUUGAGAAUCUCCUUUGCGAACCUUGGAAGAGCAGAAACUACAGAGGCAGCCCUGUGUUCUCCCUAAAUCACCAAAAGAAUGUUCCUGUGGUGUUUGUGUUACUUUGUAACGGGAUUGUAUCCUUUCAGAGAGGGUUGGUUACAAAUGUUAACGUCUGAGGUAGUUCGUUUUUAGAUUUAUUAGUUUUUAAAUUAGUUUCAGUUAUUUUUAUUUUUGUUUUAUUAUUUUUCGUCUAAUUUUAUUUUUAUUUAUAGUUUCUAGUUAUUUAAUUUUAUGGUUUUAAAGUUAUCUGUUUAUAAUUUUGUUUUCAGGGUUAUUUAGUUUUUGAGUUAUUCAUUUUCAGUUUCUUGUAUACAGUUAUUUUAAGUUACACAUUUCCAAAUUAGCUCUAGAGUUAUUUUUAAUUAUCUUUACAAUUAUUAGUAUUUGAGUUAUUUGCUUUUAUAGUUAUUCUUUUUUUUAGUUAUUGGAAUUUUCAAAUUAUUUUUAGUUUUUUGUUGACUGCUAAUAAUUCACUGAAAGUUUUAGAAUUAUUUAAAAUUAUUUCCAGACAAAGUGUCUUUAGUUAUUUUAGAGGUUUUUCCCUUGUUAGUUUUAGAGUUACUUAUAGUCACACUUAUUUUUUUCAGUUUAGAUUUGGGGUUGUUUAUUUUUACAUCCAUUUAUUUAUGUUAGUUAUUUGGUUUUAAAUUAUUUUAUUUUCAGCUGUUGCAUUUUUGAGCAUUAUAUUUCCUGAAUUUUUUAUUUUCAGAGAUUUGGACAUAUUUAGUUUUGAUUUAUUUUCGGUAACUUAUUCUCCAUUUCUUUUUAGUUACAUCUUUGCCAUUUAAAAAUUUUUUUCUAUUUUGUAUUUUUACUUAUUUUAUUUUCAGAUUUAUUUUCAGAAUUAUUUACUAUUAGAAUUAGUCUAGGGGAUCCAAACAAGAGAAAGACACAACAGCAGUUAUUUUAACAGAGAGAAUUUAGUAUAAGGAAUUGUUACCCAGUUAUUGGAGAUUUUAACAGGAGAAAACGUGGUAAUGUGAGAUCAUGGAGAUGUUAGCCAUAAGGAGCAGCUACCAGCCCACUGGCUGAAGGAGCAAAGGGAAGAGGUUGGAUGGAGGUGGCCCACAGUCUGAGGGGGAGGUGCUGCCCCGUGGGACAGGUGUCCCACGAGUCGGAAUUUGGUCCAAGAGCUGGAUGCAGAACUCUCCAUAGAGGGUGCUGCCAGCUGGUGCUGGAGUCUCUGAAGGCGGGGUGAUGAGGCUACUUGUGGAAGUGUUGGGAAAAUGGCAAAGGGCAGCUACUGGAAUCAGCUGUUGCUCUCAGCGUGAAGAGCAGUUGCCAGGGGGAAGCUGGCAGGAAGUCAGCACACGGGGUCGCUCUCCCCUCCUUGGUCCUCCCAUCAGUCUGCCCUAUUGGCCAAAGCUGACAGGGAGCAAGCUGGCAAAGGAGGUGAGUGGCUCUGGGGCCACAAAGCAGAGACUAGAAGGAUGGCUUAAAGCUGAGAAAUAUGGCAAAUAAGCAACCCACUGAGCUCUGGAGUUGUUUACUUUUAGAGUAUUAGUUUUGAAUUUAGUUAGUUUGGGAAUUGUUGUGGUGAUUUGAUUUCAACUUUUCACUGGACAUGGGAUCUAGCUAAGUUUUUGGUCCCCUGAUUUGUUUCCAAAAUGGAGUGGGAACUUUUUUCUUAAACACCUGAGGACUGUCUCCCAUGUGACUUAAGAAAAUAGUUCUAGAAUUCAAGAAAACAAAAAUAAGUGUCUCACUGUGUUCAUAAAGAAGCCCUUGGACUUUUAUGGCCAAAAAAGGGCAGAGACUAAGGGACAGACUAUCAGGGAAAGGCUCUUCACAAUUGUCCAGCAGAGUGUUCUUUGAAAGUUUUCAGAAAGUUAUGUUGUGGAGCUACUCUCUUGUGCCCCUUUCCUAAUGACAAAGUAUCUUUCUUGAUGGAAUGUGUUUCAAAUUUGUAGACUACAAUAUUCAUUAUUUGCACACUAAAAUAAAGUUCUUCCCAAACCUAUAGGAAAUCUUAUUUCCUUCUACUUGCAUUAUUUUCCAACCUACAUUGUUCCAUUUUGGCUAUAAGAACAUUUAUUUAUUUGUUUGUUCAUCCUACUCAACACCUAUUUCCUGAGCACCCCUGUCCUCAAGAAGGUGUUGGCAUCAGAAGAGACCACGGAGGCGUGAAGGUUUCAUGCCCAGCACAGAGCCUAACGCAGGGCCUGAACUCAUGAUCCUGAGAUGGAGACCUGAGCUGAGAUCAAGAGUCGGCCAUCCAACUGGCCAAGCCAUUCAG